AUGGAAGUGAUACCAGAGCCGGAUCCAGACGACGAAGGGACUAAAAUAAGUGUAGGUUACUACAUGUACAGAAUGUGUUUGGUGUCCAUAUUAGGACAUCAAAUAAAAUCAAAUGUAUUUACAUCGGCAGAUGUCACAAAGUGCCUAUACAGAAACCCAACCUAAAACCCCAAACAGCAAGCAAUGCAGAUGUAGAAUAUGGACACCAUAAGCUUGUGACGGCAUAAGUAUGGACACACAAAACCAUCACCAUGUGCAUGUUACCGUUGUGUCGUUACAUGGUUCUCUGUACUGCACCACUGUUCGCACCUGCAUCGUUCGCUGAACACCUCUACAUCUCCCUACAGACGGUGAAGGUACAGGGAAACGACAUCUCCCACAAACUGCAGAUCUCCAGGGUGGGGAAGAGUGACGAGGGCCUGUACGAGUGCAGAGUCACCAACGCCAACUACGGAGAGCUGCUGGAGUACAAGGUCCAGGCCUACCUGAAGGUGAACAGCACCCGGCCCCGCAUCAGACCGGCCAAGAAGACAUCGCCCCUGUCCCACCUGACAGCAGAUAAGAAGCCCCGCAGCAAGACAGGCGCCACAGCAGCACAAGACAGCAUGAGCACCGACCUGAAGGUUCGCUCUACCUCCAGCUCUCAGACGUCAUCAGCCAAGACAAUCAAACAGAGUUCAGGUGAGAUAACGCCGCCAGAGACUCUUCGGGUUCCGGUACUCGCAGUUUGAUGUUUCAUGGAAUUUAUGUGGACUUAAUCAUCAGCCAAUCCAUCUAUCAAUUUUUUUUUGUCUUUUUUUUUUGCCUGUAUGUCAGUCUGUCUGUUUCUCUACCUGUCCAUCUGCCUGUAUGUCAGUCUGUCUGUUUCUCUACCUGUCCAUCUGCCUGUAUGUCAGUCUGUCUGUUUCUCUACCUGUCCAUCUGCCUGUAUGUCAGUCUGUCUGUUUCUCUACCUGUCCAUCUGCCUGUAUGUCAGUCUGUCUGUUUCUCUACCUGUCCAUCUGUCUGUAUGCCUUUCAGUCCAGGCUGCAAAGAUUUUUCACAUUGCCGUACCAGUAAACCAUGGCAAUUUUUUGCCAAGUAGGAAUUCAGUGAAUUCUGCAUGACGUACCUGUGCAGAGAAGACCAAUGUGUCAGCUCUAGUUAACUCACAGUUUGCGUACAUUGAAGCUCUUAGAUCACUUCAUUAAAAUAUAAUACAUGUCCCAGAAGUGAGAUGGACCAAAAGGCCUUCACAACUUUGUUUAAACUAUGUGGCAAGUCGCCAACCCGCUCUGGGAAAAUAACUAUACUGAACAAAAAUAUAAAUGCAACAUGCAACAAUUUCAAAGAUUUUACUGAGUUACAGUUCAUAGAAGGAAAUCAGUCAUUAGGCCCUAAUCUAUGGAUUACACAUGACUGGGCAGGGGCACGACUGGGCAGGGGCACAGCCAUGGGUGGCCUGGGAGGGCAUAGGCCCACCCACUAAGGAGGCAGGUCUACCCACUGGGGAGCCAGGCCCAGCCAAUCAGAGCGAGUUUUUCCCCACAAAAGGGCUUUAUUACAGACAGAAACAUUUCUGGGAUCUUUUAUUUCAGAUCAUUGAAAAUGGGACCAACAUUUGUUUAUAUUUUUGUUCAGUAUACUUUCAUACCAAUUUCCCAAAAUGAUCAUACAACUUCAAACACACAGAAGAUCGAAUACCCCUGUGUCCUAUCCGACAUGGCUGAGUGUUGGACUACACAGAGAACGGGGAACAUUUGUGAAAUGGGUGAAUGACACCUAGCUGCAGUGCCAUCUGGUACCACCAAAUCCCAGCAGGGAUUUUCUAGACAAAUCAGACUGUUAUCGUAUUUCUUCAGUAGGCCACAGCCACAGCCAGCGCCAUCAUGUAGGCAGAUAGAUGGCGCAAGGCCAGCUCUCUCCUAAUCUCAGUUUCCCCAGAAUUUUAGUCUUUGGGAAUUUGGUCAGCUUUGUGAUUAACUUCUGGGUCUAUACUUGUAGGAAACUCUCAGCCAAAGUACCCCCCCCCCCCCUUCCGAUUCGUGUGUGCACAUGCGCAAAACACUCGAACCCGAAAGACAGUUUAAGCACUUCCUCCACCCAAUCCUGAUAGGUCCAUAAUAAUCAGUGACGAAAACCCAAAGACCGGAACUAAUGCUGCUCCUUAUCUCACGCAUCCCAUUCAGUCCCGGCAGAUUCUUCGGUCUACAUACAGAAUCUGCCCAUGGGAGAUUACCCAUGGCCUGGGUGAUGCACCCUCCCUCAAGGUGAUGCACCCUCCCUCAAGGUGAUGCACCCUCCCUCAGGGUGAUGCACCCUCCCUCAAGGUGAUGCACCCUCCCUCAGGGUGAUGCACCCUCCCUCAGGGUGAUGCACCCUCCCUCAGGGUGAUGCACCCUCCCUCAGGGUGAUGCACCCUCCCUCAGGGUGAUGCACCCUCCCUCAGGGUGAUGCACCCUCCCUCAAGGUGAUGCACCCUCCCUCAGGGUGAUGCACCCUCCCUCAAGGUGAUGCACCCUCCCUCAGGGUGAUACACCCUCCCUCAGGGUGAUGCACCCUCCCUCAGGGUGAUACACCCUCCCUCAGGGUGAUGCACCCUCCCUCAGGGUGAUGCACCCUCCCUCAGGGUGAUGCACCCUCCCUCAGGGUGAUGCACCCUCCCUCAAGGUGAUGCACCCUCCCUCAGAGGUCACUCACUCUGCCCUGCAUUCCAUUAGACAAAAUAUUGAUUAAACUAGAGACUCAGUUAGACUGUACCGGUCCCCCCCCCUGUAUAUAACCUCCCUACUGUUAUUUUAUUUUACUGCUGCUCUUUAAUUAUUUGCUUAAAAAAAUUUUUUACUUAACACUUUUUUUAUUUUGUCUUUUGAUUUUUUUUAAACUGCAUUGUUGGUUAAGGGUUUGUAAGUAAGCGUUUCACUGUAUGUCUACACAUGUUGUGUUUCGGCGCAUGUGGCAAAUACAAUUUGAUUUGAUUUGAUUUGACUGUAACGCUUGAUAGUGGACCAGGUGACGUUACUAUGCACAACUCAAAGCCAUUUGAGUCCUGUUAUAGUAACAGUAAAAGUACCUGGUGUAGUAUUUUAGUUGUGCUCAUGUUUUAGCCUUAUUUAUUCAAUCCAGAGUUUGGUUGUGACAAUUCAUGUUUUUUUUUUAAAAGCUUUUCCUGUGAUACACUUUUUAAAUGUUUCUCUAAGAAUUACAUUUCGGCUAUAUUCAGGGGUGUGAUAAUGUUUUUAAGGUGGGGCUAGCAUGGGAUGGUGUGAGAUAUCCACUGCAAAUCAUCAGUGCAGUCUCCAUCGGCAGUGCAGCGUAGCCCACCCUCCAAGUCUGUGAGCUGAUUAAUGAUUCUCCAUGCGGAGGAUGUUUUGGCCUAGCGAGAUUGCUGCUCCUCUGUGGUGCUCCUGUUCACUUGAUCACCCCGGGCCAAAUUAAAUCUGGCAGGGAAGAACAGCGGGUCACAGGCCUCCGUCUUUUUCCUCCUCCUGAUAUUGAGCCGAACCAAAAUGUCCCCAGACGAUUCCCCUCUUAGAACAUUGCUGUGCUUGGUCUGACAGACAAAUCCAGUAAAUGUCACCAUGAUUUAGGGAAUAUUUCAUUUUCCAUUUCCUUGUUUCGGAGGAUUACAUUCUUGCUCUUUUGCCUCCCGGCCACUUUUUUCAGUCCCGGCAGGUACAAGAACAGGUUAAUCUGGUUUCUUUUGAUGCGUUUUGGACCUUUGAUCCAGUUUUAGUUUGUGUGUUCCAGGGUGAUUUAACAAAAUAAAAGCUUGCGUUAAGAUACGCUAGAGCAAGUACCAUUGCCAUUCAGAAUAUCUCCCCAUCUCUCUCUACUGUACUAUACGUUCUGCAUCAUUAUCCUUAGUACAGAAAUGCCUCGAUGCCUUUUCCCUGUUUUCUCACUCUUAUCAGUUCAAGGACAAUGUCCCCGAGACACAAAUAAACCAAAUUUUCAUAAGACUACCAGGCUAUUCAAUAUCACACAGUUGUCAGACAGUGUGGGUUGCUCAAAAUGCAAUGGAAACUGACUGCAGAACAUACAGCAGCUUGACAAAUUCAGGCAAUGGUAGCUGUCCAUGUAAAUCCUUUCACGUCAGUUAAAAGACCGUUUGUACUUCCUGUAGUUUAGGGUAAAGAUUCUAUCCUCAUUUCUGUGGGUGUUUGGUGUAGUCAGUGUUCAUUUGAAUACAUUUAAAUGGAUUUACUCACAUUUGAAAGCUAGAGGCCUUAUCCAGCCUGGCAGACAUAUAUAAUGCAUAUUUCAUAUGCCAUAUGCAUAUUUAAUUUCAGAAUCAGAUCAUUCCAUAUGUGCCCAAUGUAAUAUGAUGUUUCAGACUAGUGCCAUGAUAGCUUUUGCAUGUAUUUCUCCUCAGCAGUUCAUAAUUGUUAAAGAUAACAACUGUGCACAUAUUUUGUGUGAAAUGAAUGCAUAUUCUAUAUAACAAUGGAUGAAUACCAACCUCCCACCCAAUGUACAGCUUUGUAGGUCCAAAAGACAUACAUUACACCAAUAAGUGUUUUUAUCAGUGAUAAAAAUGAAUGGAAGAUAAGCACAUUACAUGUGUUGACCGUAUGCCUUUUUUUCACAGGUACGAGGAUAGCUACAAGCUUUGGACUCACCAUCCUGAUUCUUGCCUGUGGCUUUAUGAGGGACACCUUGCUAUAG